AUGGCACCAACUCCCGAAUCUGCCGCAUUCCUCGCGAAGAAACCUACUGUCCCUCCAACUUUCGAUGGUGUCGAUUAUGAUGAUACAGCACGAUUGAAGCAAGCACAAGAUGCGAUUAUUAGAGAACAAUGGGUUAAGAGCAUGAUGGCGCGUUUGGUCAGAGAGGAAUUGGGGAAAUGCUAUUACAAGGAGGGAGUUAAUCAUUUGGAAAAAUGUGGUGCAUUAAGAGAUCGUUAUUUCGAGUUAUUGAAGGAGUCCAAGAUUAAAGGUUACCUGUUCGAGCAACAAAACCAUUUCAGCAAGGCUUAA